AUGAAUGUUAUUCCAUCAAUACGAAGGUCACACACAGCGACGCGCAAAGUUAUUGCAUGGUUCAUUCAUGGGAAGUACGGGUUCUUCUCGAAUAAUUUUGCGACAGCCGCCGCCAGCACUUCCAACAAACUCAAUUUCAACGUUGGCACGAUAGGACACAUAGAUCAUGGAAAAACGACUUUGACAUCAGCCAUAACUCGAGUACUUGCAAAAAAAGGUUUAGGAAAAAUAUUAACCAGAUGUACUGAAUUUUGAUGUAAAGGUUUUGCAAAGCACGUAAAGUUUGACGAAAUCGACAAAGGAAAGGAGGAGAAAAAAAGAGGGAUUACGAUCAAUAUUGCGCAUAUCGGCUAUGAAAGUGAUAAUAGACGAUAUUCUCAUACAGACUGUCCUGGUCAUUCUGAUUUCAUAAAGGUUUGUCACCUUUUUCUUAUCCUUCAGUUUUUUUUUUCAUUCAGAACAUGAUUUGUGGGACUUCUCAAAUGGAUGCUGCAGUUCUGGUCAUUGCCGCUACUGACGGAGUUAUGGAGCAGACUAAGGUAUUUUUUUUUGUUAUACGCUGAUUAUUUUCUUUUUUUUUAGGAGCACUUGAUUCUAGCGAAACAAGUUGGCGUUAAGAACAUCAUUGUUUUCAUCAACAAAGCUGAUCUUGUAGAAGAUGAUGUUUUGGACCUCGUCGAGAUAGAGGCUCGAGAACUUCUCAGUUUGCAUGGAUUUGACGGUGAGUGCGUAUGAAUUACCUUGAAAGUUCGAAUUCGGAAAAUUAGAAGAAAUCGUAAAGUGAAGUCUGAAUAAACUCGGAUAAAAUUGAGUCUAACAUCUUUUUUAAAAAAAAAUUCCUUAUUAGGACUUCUAGAGUGGUCACUAUAGGGUUGGAAAAACAGGCGCGAUAGGGGCCGAAAAAGUGAAAGUGGUCAUUAAAAAGUGGUCAUUAAAAGGUAGAAUGAAGAUGGUCUCUAUAGGGAUUGGGGGGCUGAUCCCUUAGCACCUAAAGCUUGAUUGGUCUCUAAAGCAACCCUAAGGUAGCCCCUAUAGGGACCAUUAUGAAGAUCUUAAGUUGGCUGAAAUAGUUUUCGAAAUAAAGUCUUAUUUUAAGGCGAUAAUGCUCCAGUUAUUCGGGGCUCAGCUUUGGCGGCACUGGAGGCCAACCAAAUGGAGUGCAUAGAGAAGUUGGUUCACGCGCUCGACGAACUUCCCGCUCCCAACAGAAACGAAGUAAAUUUUAGUUUUUGAAUGAGUUAAAUAUGAGAUUUAACUCUUCGUCGAAAUGCGAGAAUGAGCAUUUUAAGCGAUUCAAUUUUUUUACAGAGUGAAGCUCUAGUGAUGCCAGUAGCUUCGAAAACAGCAAUUACGGGAAGAGGUUAUUCAUUUUUCCAAUCCGGAGCGUAGAAUGUUUUUCAGGGACUGUUGUUGUCGGCACUGUCGAACGAGGAAUUCUGAAAAAGGGAGACAAAGUGGAGAUCAAGGGGGAUGGACAAACUCUCCAGUCGACGGCUUCAGAUAUCCAAGUUUUUGGAAAAAGUGUCAAAGAAGUUGGUUCUUUCUUCGAAAUAGUCUUUGCCGAGCGUUUCGUGAGACAUUUUUAUAUUCAUUUUUAUGAAAUGAAGUCACACAGUUCAGGUCCGAGCUGGUGACCAUUGUGGCGUCCUCUGCAGGGGCAUCAAAGCCGAUCACGUGAAAAGAGGUUCGUUCAACUUUCUCUCUUCAAUUUUUUUCUGUAGUCAAUUUACGAUUGAUUCAUGGCAUAAUGCGACAAGCUUUCGUAGAAUUCAAACGGUUUUAUGUUAUUCAUGACGGUUCUGAGAUAAAUUCUGAUAACGGUAGUACAAAAUUUCGUGAGAGCUUCAGCUGAUUUCUUAUCCUAUAUACAUCUUCAAACAUACAAAAAUCCAUAAAUCAAUUUUGUCAUGAAAAGAUCUGAUUGAAGUCAUGUUACGACUGAGGUUUCUGUGGUGUUGAAAAAAAACCAAUUUCCGGUGGUAUGGGAAGAAAAAUCAGCAAUUUUUUUUCUGACCUAUUUCAGUUUAUAAAAGAUCUAUCAACAUUGUCUCCUUUUUUCUGUAUACUAAUCAUGAAUCAAUUAGCUAUCUUAUAUGAGAAGAUUCAAAACGAAGUUGAUCAAAAAGUCAGAGAGCUCCCUACCGACUUGAAAAAGUCGGAAAAGUCGCUUUUUGAAAAUUCGCUUGUUUUUGUUUCAUACCACCUGAAUUCCAUUUGAAGGUCUAUUCAUAUUGUAAAUCAUUAUACCUGAACUAACAGGAAUGAAUUUGUCAGAAGAAAAAAAAAAAUCUUCAUCGGUUUUUAAGCUUUCUAGAACUUAAAAAAAUAAUAAGUUUUAGAAAACAACUUUAAACAAGCUACUUCUGGACGUGAAACUUUUGGACGUGCUUUGCGUAAAAAAUCUGUAAAGUCUCUCGGUUUAGGUAUGUGGAUGGGACACGUUGGCGCGGUGAAGAUUUCAAAUGUGGUGAAGGCUGAAAUUUAUUUGCUGAGUGAAUCUGAAAACGGCCGAAAAACGGGCAUCAGAACAGGGUUCACGGACAAGAUGUACUGCAGCACAUGGGAUCAGGUACAAAGCCAUUUUUGGACCGAGAUCAGCCUUCACCCAGGUAGGCCGGUUCGACCUGAGCCAAGAGAUGCUGAUGCCCGGCGAGCACGCCUCGGCCACAGUUCUGCUCAUGAAGGAAAUGCCACUGCGAGUGGGGAUGCCGUUCACUCUGCGCGAAGGUCGAUCCAAGACGACGAUUGCUCGCGGAAUCGUUUCCGACGUCCAGGCCGCCCUCUCCAUCGAGAACCACAACCUCAAAAAGUCGUCAGAGAAAAUUGCUGAAAACUAG